AUGGCAUCAUACAACAGCUUCAACAGCGACAUGAAUAGCAACAUGGAGAUCUUCUGGACACCAUAUCAAGACCAACAGAUGUGGCAAGGUCUCACUACUGGGGAGACCGCUGAAUCAUCACAAAUUCCAUCUCAAGAUAUGUUGCAGCCACUCAACUCGGCACAUAGCUCUACACCCUUGAUGCCCUGCACAUAUACUCAACACAACCAGUAUAUAGAGCCGCAGGGCAACAUGAUCAACGACCCUCCUGCGUGGCAUCAAGAAUCUCUACAGAGUGCGGGUGCCAUCCACGAUGACAUGUUGGCCGCUAUGUCAGAUGAAGACCUUUUCGACCUCGCUUCCCUCGUCAUACCCCCUGAGGGCUCCCAGUACCCUGUCGAAGAGACUAGCCACCAAAUACCAGUAGCUACACAACAAGAUAUGCAGACGGACUCCCUGACGACCAGCUACGACGAUUUUCAGCCACCAUUCGUCCCUACACAUCAACCAUACCCAGAUAUCUCUGAUGCCACCCUAGAACGACUUCUGGCUGGCCUCAGCACUCCUCCUCCCCCUUUUCAUGAGGAGCAACAAGUACCUGACACAACUGUGCCCAAUAACGUGUUUGGCGACAUCCAGGAGCCUGGAUCAUCUUAUCCGCCGCCAUAUAUGCCCAUGGCGGGCCCCUCGACAUACAACUCUGCUACCUACCAACCACCACCACCACCGCAGGCCUCCUACUUUGAUCACUCUCCCACUCCCGCUCCCCUUCCGGCGCAGAUCACAGCGGCGCCACCACCACAGCUACAACUGGAAGGACAGCUUCCUCUUCCUCCUCUAACAUCCCCUGUCGUCUCCUCCUCUUUCAUCAAUAACGCCACCAUCGCCUCCUCGUCCUCCUUCUCCUCGUCCUCCAUCAAUAGCACCACCGUGGCCUCCUCCUACUUCUCUUCCACUACCACCAACAGCAGCCACAGCAACACUACCUCUGCCGCAUCCUCUCGCAACAACACUCCCAGAAAACGCCGAGCGGCAGCACAUAAAAAGCGGAUUGAACAAAGCUGCAAAGUGGCAGGGUGCUCGUACAAGAGCUGCAACAAGGAAGAAUUCCGGCGCCACACCGAGUCCGUGCACCAGAAGAUCCGCCGGCACCACUGCGACAUCUGUGAUUCCAACUUCAACGAUGCGAGCGGGCUGUCGAAGCACAAGAAGACGGAUUCGCACCGGCAGAGGGCCAAGGCGCAGGGAAUCGAGCUGGGCGGCAAGACCAUGUUUGCGUGUCGCUUCUGCAUCAACCAUGGCGUGAACCCGACGAAGUUCAGACGGGCCGAUCAUCUGAAGAGGCACUUGAGGGAGUGCAAGAACUGCGAGAAGAAGGAUGAUGGGCUGCCGGUCGGGUAUGGGGGUGGAAUCGGUGGGAUGAAAAAUGGCGCUCUACGGGAUGGUGCAGGUUUUUUCUUUGUGCACAGCGAGGUGUCAGAGGAUGAAGCAUUUGGGCUUGCCGGAGCCUUCGCAGCCUUCACCGUCGACCUCCUCGUCUAUCCGCUCGACACCCUAAAAACGCGCAUCCAAUCUCCCAACUACCAAACCCUCUACAAAACCAUCCCCCGCCCCUCCUCCUCCUCCUCCCCCUCUCAAAAACACCCCCGUCUCACCGGCUCCUCCCUCCUAUCCCGCCACACGCACUUCAACCCCUCCCUCUUCCGCGGUCUCUACCAAGGAAUCGGCACCGUCAUCUUCGUGACCAUCCCCAGCUCCGGCGCAUUCUUCACCACCUAUGAAGCGCUGAAGUCCACCCUCUCGGACUCCAUCCCCCCCAAUUCAACCAUCUACCUGCCCCAACCGGCCAUCCACGCCCUCAGCUCCGGUGGCGCGGAGUUGGUGAGCUGUGCGAUUCUAACCCCGGCGGAGGUGCUGAAGCAGAAUGCCCAGGUCUGGAACCGGAGCCAAGAUCGGACGGGAGGGAAGGGGGAGAGGAGGAGCCCGACGAUGGAAGUGCUGAAACAGUUUAAAAGGCAGCCUACAAAGUUGUUCCGGGGUUAUACGGCGCUAGCGGCGAGGAAUCUGCCGUUUACAGGGUUGCAGUUUCCAAUGUUUGAGCAUUUGAAGGGCUGGUUCUUGGAGAGGAGGAGACGGAAAAGGCUGCGGUUGAGGGAUAAUGAAGGAGGGGGAGAAGCAGAGGAGGUGAAGGUUGAUGGGAUUUUUGAGCGGGCACGCAUAACCGCCCUCAGUGCCGCGCUGGCGGGCACGGGCGCUGCCUGGAUCACUACGCCGAUCGAUGUGGUCAAGACGAGGAUCAUGCUUGCGGCGGGCGAGGAGGCGAAGAAUAGAGACUCUAACCCGCAUUCCCUGCAUGACCAUGUCACUUCAAGAACAACAACGGGGACCACAUCCAGGCAGACCGCUCUCUCCCUCACCAAGCAAAUCCUCAAAACCGAGGGCAUCCAGGGCAUGUUCCGCGGCGCAUUGUUGAGGUCGCUCUGGACGGCGUUUGGGUCGGGACUGUAUCUCGGUUGUUAUGAGGGGGGAAGGCAUUAUCUGGAAGAACGGCGGAGGGAUAAAGAUGAAGGAGGGGAUGUGGUCAUGGAGAGGGAGGGUGAUUGGAAGGGAGUUAAGGUUGGGAUUGGGAAGAGUAGGAGUCAGGGCGAUGUCGUGCGCAAGAGUGCUUGGCAGGAUUGA